AUGAAUUCCCUCGGUUGUAACUGUUGGGGGCUUGGGAACCCCUGGUCAGUUCGAGCAUUGCACAAUCUGGUGCAGUGUUGGGUUCCCAAAUUAGUCUUCCUCUCAGAGACUAAGGUAAGGAAAAAACGUAUGGAAAGAAUUAAGGAAAGAGUUGGGUUUGCAAAUGGGCUUUUUGUUCCCUGUCAUGGUCGUAGUGGGGGUCUAGCUCUCCUGUGGACAAGAGAAACUGAUCUGGAGAUCAAGAGCUUUAGCAGCCACCACAUUGAUGCUGUCAUUACGGAGGAGAACUCAAAUUUUAAAUGGAGAUUUACUAGCUUCUAUGGCCACCCCCAAACUCACUUGAGGCAGAAAUCUUGGGAUUUGCUUGAAUACUUAGAGGAUCAAUCUCAACUCCCUUGGUUUUGUUUUGGAGACUUCAAUGAAAUUCUAUCAAUGGAAGAAAAAUCAGGUGGGGCUACAAGAUCACAAGGUCAGAUGGAUAAAUUCCAAGAGGUGGUUAAUGUUUGUGGCUUCAAAGAUUUGGGUUUUCUGGGACCGGACUUCACAUGGUGUAACAUGCAAUCUGGUGAUAGCAGGGUAUAUCUAAGGUUGGAUAGAGCUUUUGCAACUAGUGAUUGGAUUAACAAGUUUGGUGAAGUAAGAGUUAAUCACUUGGUGGACUCAACUUCAGAUCACUGUGCUCUAUAUGUAGCGGACCCUAAAGCUCCUAAACGGUCUCGUACUCUUCGUUUCCAUUUUGAGGCUAUGUGGACUAAAAGGGAAGAAUGCAAAGACAUCAUCAAGGCUGCUUGGAGUAGUGCCAGCAAUGUGAAUACGGCUGAAGGUAUGGUUGCGGCCUUGAAUGCCUGUGCCAUGGAUCUUAAGGCUUGGAGCUCUACUUCUUUCGGCCAAAUUCCAAAGAAAAUUCAAGAGAAAAGGAAAUGGCUUAGCAACCUGGUCCAAUCAGAUAUGGAUGGUCUAUUGGGUGAUGAGAUAAAUCAAAAUAGUAUUGCCAAUGUUGCUAUAUCCUAUUUUGAGGAAAUUUAUUCUUCCUCUUUGCCGAAUCAAAUUGAGGCGGUAACAGAUCUCAUCCCAGCCAAGGUGACGGAAGAAAUGAACAUGGAGCUGACCAGAGACUUCACCAAAGAAGAAGUUAUUGCAGCACUUAAGCAGAUUCACCCUACCAAAUCUCUUGGCCCCGAUGAGAAUCAAAGCGCUUUUGUAGCUAAUAGACUCAUCACUGAUAAUGUCUUGGUGGCUUAUGAGAUUAUGCACUAUAUAAAACACAAAAGAGGUGGGAAUGAUAGCUUUAUGGCGGCUAAGUUGGAUAUGAGCAAAGCAUUUGAUAGGGUUGAGUGGUCCUUUAUAGAAAUGAUUAUGAGGAAGUUGGGCUUUAAUGAGUCUUGGAUAGGUUUGGUAAUGAAAUGUAUAACCUCGGUUACCUAUUCAGUCAUCAUAAAUGGCUUGGCCCAUGGAUGCAUUGUGCCUACUAGGGGACUCAGGCAAGGGGACCCUCUGUCUCCUUAUUUGUUCUUGGGGUCUCCAAAAAUCAGCCACCUUUUCUUUGUCGAUGACAGCCUACUCUUCUGUAAAGCCAAUGGUGCUGAAUGCAAUAAGCUGAAGGAAAUUCUCAGAACCUAUGAAUCAGCCUCAGGGCAAAAGAUCAACACAGAUAAAUCCUCCAUUUUCUUCAGUCCAAACUCUUCUCAAGAGUGUAAAGAUGAAAUUCUUGGUAUUCUGGGGCCUAUGAAUGACACUAGCCAUACAAAGUAUCUUGGGCUCUCCUUCAUCAUUGGACGGUCAAAAAAGCUAAUCUUUACGGAGAUAAAAGAAAAGGUUUGUCAGAAGUUGGCUAGUUGGAAAAGUAAGCUACCCUCGAUGGGAGGUAAGGAAAUCCUCAUUAAAGCGGUGGCUCAAGCCAUCCCUUCCUACACAAUGAGUUGUUUCCUUCUUCCAAAGAGCCUAUGUGCAGACCUUGAAAGAGAAAUGAGGAGCUUUUGGUGGGGCCAGAAACAGCAGGAGACAAAGAUUGCUUAG